UAAUUUGCUUCCCAACACUUCAUACAAAGCAUUUGCGAACGUGUUACAGAACUCGAUUCGCCACAACCUCUCUCUCCACAACCGCUUCAUGCGCGUGCAGAAUGAGGGUACCGGUAAGUCGUCCUGGUGGAUGAUCAACCCGGACGCCAAGCCGGGUAAAAGCGCCCGACGCCGUGCCACCUCCAUGGAAACCUCCAAGUUCGAGAAGCGUCGAGGCCGCGUGAAGAAGAAAGUGGAGGCCCUUCGAAACGGCCUUCAAGCGGCGACCGACGCAACUCCCAGCCCCAGUUCCUCGAUCUCGGAGGGCCUGGACAUGUUCCCUGGGUCCCCUGCCGUCGCGACCGCCAGCUUCCAACUGAGUCCCGACUUCAGGCCCAGAGCCUCGUCCAACGCCUCGUCUUGUGGCCGGAUGUCGCCCUUUCAUUCACUCCCCGUCGACUCGGAGUGGGCAACGUACUCCACAGCGUCAGGUUUCGGCCCGGAGCAGCUUGCAGGCAAUCUGGCUGAGGGUAUGAAACUGCACCAGGGAGGUGAGUUCCUGCAGGGCUACGGGGGCGGUAACGGUGGCGUCAAUGGCCAACAGCCGCCACCCCCACCACCUCCCUAUGAUUUCGGGGCUCGUCAGCAGUUGCACGCAGCUUCCCCGUACGGGCUGUCCCAGUGCCACUUGCACAGGAUGCAGUCUUGUUCCUGCCAUCUACAGCACUCCCCGUCCUACCCACAGUCCGAGCCCUCUCCCGACCCCCUAAGGGGUCAGCCCGUCCCUCAGGGCGCUCAGUUCGGCCCCCCUCGUGCCUUGCCGUCACAUGACACCGACAGCCGUCCCGGCACCCCUACCCCGUCCACCAUGAUGGGGCAGCUGAUGGGCGCUCUGAACAACAACGCCCUUCUGGAUGACCUGAACCUGAACAUCGAAACACUGCAGGGAGGGUUUGACUGCAAUGUGGAAGAGGUGAUCAAACAUGAGCUGAGCAUGGAUGGAAGCCUGGACUUCAACUUCUCUCAGCAUUACCAUCACCACCAUCCAGGGGGACACCAGGUAGCGCCAGGCGCCCAGGAACUACAGCAGGGCGUCGUGCCCCAACAACCAGCCACACCCUACUCCACCACUGUUUCAACAGGGCCCUCCUGGGUGCACUAGCCCUUAGCGGGGCCCCCGACCGGGAGAGGAAGAGGAGGCUACCUGCAGCUCCCACGUGAUCCCUGAACCAGACUCGUCGGUGGUUGGUGGAGCCCUGGAAUGAACUAUGGAUCAGAGUGUAACCGAAUUAUUGGAGCAAGUUGAUUCGUGUUUUCUCAGUGGAAACUUUCACGAAAAUGGUGAUGUAUUUUUAAGCAGAUUAGUGACAGCGAGAUAUUAUCGUGCGCAUUGAUCUUGAGACAGUUCUGUUAAUCAUGCUCAAAGGAACACGAAGUGACAUCAGUGUUCGUCUUCUGUCGGCGAUCGCGAGGCAGUGAUUUAAAUAGUCAUCAUGUAAGUUGUAUCUAAGUCACCGUGAUGUUUGUUCGUCACUUGUUCAGAUUACACUCACACGGCAGAAUACGUAUGACAAAAUUUUAUUUCUUGAAGCCUAUCGUACUGUUUCCCAGACUGUUUUGACCACUUGAAAUAUUCUGGGAAUCCUACGCUGAAAAUAGAAAUAUGAACUCGAGUUAUUUGCGCUGAACUGAACUUACGCCAUUAUUCUAUCUUUUGUUUUCCGUGGUACAGAUAGAAACUGGCUGUCGCCGUGCAAUCAUGUUGUCCUUAGUACCGGAGAAACAGUUUUUCAGCCGAGGUUGGGCAUCGUAUGUGGCAUUCUGUGGACCAUUUUUGAAACUGGGGAAUCUCUGGGGUAGCGAAGCACAGCUUGAAAAUCAAAACGUUUCCCAUCUAUCGACAUAAUAAUGUCUGUAAAUUAUACUGGCCCGCCGCGUAACAAAAAAUAACAAAUUAAAAGCCCUUGUUGUAUGUGGACGUCUCCAGUCUGGCGGCCAGUACUGAUUGGUGUAACUUCACAAUCGUCACACAAAGGUAAAUCGAACGAUAUACUAAUCGGAAACAUUAUUUAUAUCUCGAAAAAUUACAGAACGUAGAGGGCGCUGAUAAAAACAGAGACAGUGGAUGACAGAUGAAAGCAAAAAUAUAAAAUUUAUUUGUUAUAGAAUCAUUAUUACUUGACUGUGGAUUACUGAAGUAAGUCGCAAAUAGGUUAAAGGCCGUCUGUCCCUGAAGAAUGUAUCUGUCCUCUAACCAAUAAUAUAAAUUCAUAUUUUUGCUGUUGAAAUUUGUUAAAAAAACCUCUGGAUGAAGAAACGUAAGGUUGCUUCACGUACCAAAGCUUCAUGAUAAGAAUGUUUAGAGGGACAUGGAUUUAAAAAUCCACGAAUUCCAAACCUUGGAAACGGAUAAGCUGACCGAACGUCAGUGUCAUGUAGACAGCGUGCCUGCUUUGUUUUUAGGAGUUCACGGAGAUUGGCUCUUUCGAGGCUCGUGGUUUUUCUCAGUCCGUAUAGACAAAUAUUUGGAGGAGUUUUAAGAUGUGGCAUAGCGUGUUCAUUUCUCAUCCUUCGCAUGUAAUCUAUCAUUUAGUCAUCCUGCCGUUCGAUACUGUACUUCUGAAAACCAUAAAAUAAAUUAAUGUCAGUGCUUUGGAUGGUUACCACCAAUGAAAGUCCCUGGUACAGAUUGAAUACAAAGUUGCAGUAGAGGAUGUAGUUAACCUGGAGUCGAGCCCCGGCCUUCAAAUUAACGGCUUGUCACUUUACAGAGUAGCCGCCAUGGCUUCUAAAGAAUAAAGUCAGGUGUUACGAAA